ACGUCGCAGCCAUGGAGGAAGUAAGAGUGUUUCCCUUGACCUGUGCCGUGCAAAAUUAUGCGUGGGGGAAGGUUGGUGUGGACAGCGAGGUGGCCAAACUGGUUGUUGGUGGAGACCCACUGGCUGUCAUAGAGGAGGGCAAGCCCUAUGCAGAGUUGUGGAUGGGUGCUCACCCUAAAGGUGAUGCCCAGAUUAAAGACAACAGGAUCGCACAGACCACGCUGGGCCAGUGGAUCGCCCACUUCCCUGCCUGCCUGGGCUCCAAGGUCAAAGACACCUUCCAGGGACAGCUGCCCUUCCUCUUCAAAGUCCUCUCUGUCAAUACAGCCUUGUCCAUACAAGCCCACCCCAACAGAGAGUUAGCUGCUCGUCUCCAUGCUCAGUUUCCGGAGCACUAUCCAGACAACAACCACAAGCCAGAGAUGGCUAUCGCUCUCACCCGCUUCCAGGGCCUCUGUGGCUUCAGACCAGUGGAGGAGCUCCUCGGAUUCCUUAAAUUUGUCCCGGAGUUCCGUGCUCUUGUGGGAAAUGAGGCAGCGGAGGAGCUGCAAUGCAGCAUGGGAGAUGCGGUUCAAACGAGCCAGGUGCUGAAGAAGUGCUUCACCAGGAUGAUGAACUGUGAGAAGAAGGUGUUCGUAGAUCAGCUCAACAUGCUGGUCAAGAGAGUCACUGAAGAGGGUGCAGCAGGGAAGGACACAUCAAGCAGCAAUGGUGACCUGUUGCUCCGCCUCCACUCCCAGUACCCCGGAGACAUCGGCUGUUUCUCCAUCUACUUCCUCAACCACAUAGUCCUGGAUCCAGGCCAGGCCAUGUUCCUGGCAGCCAACGAGCCGCACGCUUAUCUUUACGGAGACUGCAUCGAGUGCAUGGCCUGCUCAGACAACACAGUGAGGGCCGGCCUGACGCCGAAAUACAUCGACGUUAACACGCUGUGUGAGAUGCUGAGCUACAGCCCAGCCCCCGCCAGCGCCAAAAUCUUCCCAUGUGUCCAGGACGCCUCAGACCCCUGCGUGUCCCUGUACGACCCCCCAGUGCCAGACUUCACUGUCAUGAGGAUACAGGUCCCAGCCUCCGUGAAGCAGUACACCGUCGCUCCGGUCGACAGUGCCAGCAUCCUCUUGGUCAUUGAAGGCGACGCCACGGCAACCUCUGCCGCCGCCCUCUCUGACGUCACGCUGAGGCGGGGCACCGUCCUGUUCGUCUCGGCCAAUGAGAGCGUCUCCCUGCACAUCACCUCCCAGUCGGGGAUGAGCAUGUUCCGAGCCUGCUGCCUUCUGUAGUUGUGAGUCCGUGGCUGUGUGUGAAAGCUCGUACUACCUGUGUUUGUUUUCCUCUGGUUUGAUCAGCAAGGCCUACACCACGUUAUAGAUUGAGCCCAAUGAUUGCUGUGCACUUUUAAUAGGUAGUACGCCAAAGGAGCUUUCAGACACGGUGUGUCGACGCCCGUCUGUGCCCGCUGCUCCCCCCCCAACCCAAACUCGACUGCAGACUGCUGUGCCACCUCCAGCAGUGGUCCUUAGCUGUAAAAUCCAGCAACUGUUUGUUGCUGCUGGAUUUUUACAGGUUUUAACUGUCUUUUUUUUUUCUUUUAACCUGUAGUCGUGCAUCUUAAAAAAGCAGAGGAUGUGCACAUCCCAAAAUCUUCAUAGGCGCUGGACAGAGGACACAUACAAAGAAUAAAAAGUGAAAUAUGUCCACAACACUAAACAGGACCUGAUAUAAAAAGUGUACAUGACACUGUUCAAAUCACUGGAUCCUGGUCAGGUUUCUGAUGAGGAUCAAGCAAUUAAAAUGUUGCAUGAAAGUUUAUUCUCAACCUUGGAAACAGCAGUUGAGAAAAUAACCUCAUUAUGUCCAUUUAGUAGCUGGUCUUGAGCUUAAAGUUCUUUAAGUGCUCAGAAGAAAUUAAAAUUUUAAAAUCUACAAUUCCAUGAAAAACAGGGCAAACACUAUCUGCUGAUGAAAAUCAUAGGAUAUGAUCAAAAGUUUGAGCACUGCUAUUAAAUGAACUACCGUGGGACAGAAAGGGACUGCAGCUCCAGUCUCUUUCUGUCCCUCUGAAGUUUGCUGUCUCCGACCUGAAGGUCACCUGAUUCAGCUGCAUACUGCUGGAGAAGACACAGAGAGCCCAGUUUCAGCUGUUAAAUAAUCUCCAUCUACUGUUGGUAGCAGGGAGAUGCAGCUGAAAGCCGGAGAAAGCUGGAAAAAGCUACCAAAUGGACCUAAAGAUACUUUUCAUGCACAAGUUAGAAUUAGUUUUCUUUCUUGGUUGCCCUUCAGUGUUUGGGACAUUUUUCCUUUUUAUUCCUAAUACACUGCUCUUAUCCUCCGGUCCAUGAUAACGGUAACACACACCAACAGUAACUUAUUCAAACAGCACUAAAGCAGGGUAGGGGAUAUGUUUACACCGGUGCAGUACACCACCACUCACUGCUUUGUACAUCUACAGUACCACCUUGUUGACAACUGAGCAUGUCUGUUAUAUGAGCCAGCAGUUUGUCUUUCUCAAGGACCGCUGGUCCAACUACCUGUUUUAUCAUUUUAGUUUAGCUUGAACAAGUAAUUAUCCUCCUCUGGGAGAAAUACUUUGUUAGUAUAUAGCAUCAGUUGAUAGUGUAAUACUGAGAUGCCUGUGCAUGUUUGAUUUAGAGCAGUAAUACUGGAGAGGGCCUCGCCUGUGAUAAUGGUCCGAGCCACGCUAGUCACAGUGACAUAAACCCUGGAAAGUAUUACUGCUUUUAACUGUUAGCAGCGCAUGCUUACGGUCUGGAAACUUCUCCUGAAAGUGGUGAACAAUCAUAAAUAUAAAACAUAAAACCGAACAGGAGCGAGCAAAAAGGGCCACCAGCUACCUUCAUCCCAUUCUGCACGACUACUACAAGGGAAUCAGGAAUGCAUAUCGAUUAAAACUCCCAAGUUCUACACGACUGAAAAUGCACUACUGCUGCUUGUUGCAUACUUAUACAAUUUGACCCAAAAGCCGGUUUACACACCCACAUCUUGUACAGUUGUACAACAAAAUGCUGCAUUAAAUUUUAUAGUAUUACAGGAUCAAUCAUGUGUGUUUCUGAGUAUUUGAGCCAAAUUUUUCAGAUUUUGCAUGUUGUGUUAUUUGUACUGAUUCCUCAAUACGUGACAUUACAUAUAAAGAGAACUGAUCCCUGAAACCACACUGUAUUAUAAGCUUUAUAUUAUGACAUCAUGGCGUGAGUGGUUUAUCUUUACAGUAAAAUCUUUCCCAGUGACCUUGUCAGUACAAUAUUGCAGCUAGAUUAUUUCACUAUGGUGCAAACUUCUGCAUAAUAUUCCAGUUCAUACCAGGGUCAAUCUGAAUUCAGCCAACCAUAAAGUGGACUUUCUUGUUGCAGCAGUUUUUAUAGGUAAUCUUAAAUCAAAUAUUUGAGAAUGAAUGCUCUGUCAGCCUGCCAACCUACCAGUGAGUAAAUAUUUCUUCGACUAGUUUGACGUGAAUGAAUGACCGCGGUGAAUUGAGCCAACGCCGGUAAUGCUUCUACAUACUUCAUGACCAUGUUAGUGAUGUAGGUCGAUCCCUAAGCUUGUCCUUUGUAUAGAUGCACUAAACUUUUCGUUGUUUGUUGUUUCGAAGGUUGUUGAAAAAUGGAAGAAUAUGAAGAGAUGGAGGGGUGUUAAUAGGUAAAAUAACUGCAUCUUUUUGAUUAAUUAACCAUUACCUCAAAUUUAUCUUUCUGGAAUUGUAGAGUCUCCAGUUAUUUUUGUUAAUUUAGUGAUGCAAUCAUGUAGAGGUCAGUUUUUCAAAUAGCAUCUGAAUUUAAUUUCUCAUUUAACUUUCACAUGUUUGUAACUGAUCUUGUUUUAUGGCACCUUUUAGUUUUAUGACUGUACGUUGGGGAAAUCAUUUCUUGUUUUUUUUUUUUUUUCCACUUAACUCAUGUCCUUCAAAUGCACACAAAUCUGAAGGCCACAGUGUUUUACCUUAGCUGUUUUAUUUAACUAUUGUGGGAACAUGUCUUGGAAUAUUUAUCUAGUGAAGGCAUGGUUUUGCAUUUUCGAUUAUGGGGAUGCUGUAGCCUUGGACUGCAGAGAACAUGUGUAUGUAAAAGUGGUUUAAUAAAGCCUUGAUCUGUUACUAAUGACUGAAC